AUCUCUAGAGUCAAACAUUAGUGUUGAGAAUAUCACUUCACAUCAAGCUUAAUGGGCGGUAUUAGGUUGUAUGUUUCGCAUUACAAACAGGGGCUGUCGCGGAUGUCUGUUAAAACGUUUGAUUGACAGGCGAGCUGUAAACACGAUAGAGUGUACGUCUUUCAGUUUUACCAUAGUGUUCGAAGCUUCACGACAUACCAUUACUGUCUGGUUCUUUUGCUGUUUUUCAAAAGAAUGCUUGUGAUUUAAAACAGGAAUUUACUGUAUCUUAUUUUGAAUUGUCAAAUCCAACACGGGAAAAUGCAACAACUCGGAGAGAUGCUCUCGACGUCUGCUUCCCAGUACAUUAACCCGGAUUACUACAAUCCUUUACCUACCACACUUGAUGCAAAGAAAAGUCCAUUAGCCAUGCUAGCUCAAACAUGUAGUAGCAUUGGGAAGGAUCCGUCAACAAAAUCCAUCAUUCCCCCGCUGGAGAAGAAAGAUGCCGAAAAACAACAGCUGGAAAAAUCAACUCCCGCUGAAAAUGAAACGAAAGACUCUAACACCAAAGAAAGUGCUGACACUAAUGAUAAACCCAAAUUCCGUUCUGUCUCUCAUAAGGAUGUACCAACCUUCGUCCCAGUAUCGCGAUCAAAGGAGGAGAAAAACCCCACACCAACAUCAAAAUCCUCACCCAAGCCGAAAGACGUCACCAUUAGCACAUCGUCUGCUCCGUCUCAUUCUGAGCGAGCUAGUGUAAGCUCCCGGUCGCCACAUUCACGCCACUCUGUACCAGACGAUCACAAACGGCGACCUGAAUCCCCGAGGUCACCUCGACCAGUCCCACGAUCCAUCGCAAGCGAAUAUGACAUUGCAAAACCUGGUCAGUCUGCUUCAUUUUCCAGUUAUCCAUACUUUUCACAUCCUGGGCUUUCUGCCGAGGCGUUGGCGGGCUAUCCUUAUGGAUUACACUCCCAUGCUGCUGCAGCAGCAUUAGCUGCUCAGUCUUCCGCCCUUGCUGCUCAAUCCUCAGCUCUGAAAUCCGCUUAUGGAUCUUCCAUGUCUCCUUAUGUUUCAUAUGCACGUGUUCGAACCCCAUCAGGAGCGACAACUCUUGUACCUGUGUGUCGGGAUCCUUACUGUACAAAUUGUCAACUGACUGUCCAAAAUUCACAUUUAUCUUCAACAUGCACUGCUGUAGGGUGUACUCAGUGUGCACACGAAAAAGCAUUGCAAAAUCUCAGCAUGGGAUUACCAUCGUAUCCACAUAUGCCACCGACAACAUUUUCAGCUUCCAGUCUCAUGUCAGCUCAGGGAUUGGGAUCACAUCUCUUUUCUUCCUCCUUGUAUCCAUCUCUAACCGCGGCCCACAGCGGUCUUCCAUUUGUCUGUAACUGGGUGUCUCCUGGAAACGAACCUUGUGGAAAAAGAUUCACAACAUCCGAGGAUCUUUUACAACAUCUUCGUUCUCACACCACGGCUACAGAUCCGCUUGCUUUGGCAGCGGCUUAUGAACGAUAUGGUGUGCCACCAACUGGACUUCCUGGACUUUCACAUUUAGGUCUUCCAUCACCUGGAUCCAGCAGUCCAGGUUCUUUAAGGAGGGCCUACCCGACUAGCCUCAGUCCUUUGAGUGCCAUGAGCUCCUCUCGCUAUCACCCUUACAAAUCGGUGACGUCACCGCCUACUGCGGGACUUCCAUCACAACAACUUCCUUCCUUCGGACCUUAUUUUUCUCCUUAUUCUUUAUAUGGACAGAGAAUAGGAGCUGCUGCAGUUCCUUGAAGAAUUAUUGAAGUUAUUUUAUUUUUUCUAAUGACUUUCUUUGACUCAGGACUAGUGCUCAAACUAUCCUUGUAUUAACUUACCUUUUACCAUUUCUCCAGAAAAAGAAAAAAAACUGGAGACUAAAUUAAUUGAAUUUAAUAUAUUGUACAUUAAAAUUAUAAAUGAUUUAA